GAAAAUAUAGACUAAACCAGUACAAACCCCAUGGCUAAAUUGAUCCCCUGGAGUUACUAUAAAAAAAAAGAUCCCACAGUGUUGAUUUUAUGAAAGCUGGGUGACCACCCUUGACAUUUUCCCUUGUGUUUUUUGUUGGGACAUUGGACGGUUUUUCUCGCCGGGCUUGCGCGGCUUUUAAGUUUUUGAAUCCACAUCCUCUCCGUAUCCACCCUUUUUUCCUAUUUUUAUUCGAAUUCCUCUCCAUGGAUGAAGCAGUAAGUCCGAGGCAGAGAGCGACAAUGAUAAACCGUCUUCAGUCUCCGACCACUGCCUUUUUUUUGCGCUCCAACGAUGACAAACUCGAACGCGCACAGGCACGCGCAGCCGCACGCGCCGCUGCAAUCCGCCCAACAGCCCCCGUAACCAAUCCUCCUUCACCGCCUUCCGAUUAUUGUCUCAGCAAACAACAAAUCAUCGACUUGUUCCAGAACUGCAUUAAACUUGCCAGCGAAAAUAAAAUAAACCAGAAGAAUACUUGGGAGUUGAAGCUUAUUGAUCAUCUUAGUGAUAUCAUCAAAGUUGAUGCUGCAGAAGCUGAUUCACAGACUAAUUUCCAAAGGGCAAGUUGCACGCUGGAAGCCGGCGUGAAAAUUUACUCUGUCAGAGUGGAUGCUGUGCAUGCUGAGGCCUAUAAGAUCUCACCACUGUCAACAUUGGAGUGCUCGUUUGAAGCUCUUAAUGCAAAGAAGUUUGAGGUUGCAUUUCUAGCGGAUCCUUUAUGUCAGCAAACAUCUGCACAAUUUGAUGAAGGUGGGGCAAAAGGCCUUCUAUUGAAUAAUCUGGGAGUAUAUCGAGGUUGUAGGGUACUCUUUGAUUCUUUUGAAGUGCCUGGGAAGUGCAAAUCGUGUUCAGUUCAAAAUAACUCCUUGGACAUGAUUGAUAUCUCAUUUGCAGAAGGUGUGCCAUGUACACACACAUUUUCCUCCAAGAAUCCAUUCAAGAAAGCUGACUUCACAUCAAACUGAAAAACAGACCACUUAUGUUGAGCAACUAAAGUUAAAACAGUUCGAAUAGUAUCAAACCUGGCAACCGGUGCAAAAGUUUCGUCAAAAUCCACACCUUAUUGCUGCAUGUAACCUCUAGCAACCAACUAAGCCUUGUGUUUAUGAACUGACCCAUCAGAAUUGUACUUAGUCUUGUAUACUCACUUUAGACUUACAACUUUGUUGUCUUUAGGCAAGUCCACAAGCUCCCAUGUUUGAUUUCUUUCCAAAGCCUCUAUUUCCUCAUUUGUAGUUUUGCACCAUUUUCUAUUC